AGCCGUUUGGCCCGAGGAGGGAGGGUGGGAGGGGCCCGCGGCCGGCGCCAGGCCUCGGGCCUGCCCGCCUGUGGGUCUCGCCAUGGAGGUGCUGAGGACCCGCCUGUGCGAGUGGAAGCCUGUCGGCAUCGACGCCCUGGCGCUGGCGCCCGCAGGGGCCCCGCAGCCUCGGCUGGCGCUGGCGCGGAGCAACGGGGCGGUGGAGCUUUGGGACACUUCCACCUGGCACCUGCACAGCGCCCUGCCUGGCUGUGACAAGUUCAACGUCCGCGGCUUCUGCUGGGUUCCCGGGGCGUCGGCCAAGGAGCCCUGCCGGCUGUUGAGCGCCGGGCUCCACAGGGAGAUCACGGAGUGGGACGUGUGCUCCCUGAGGCCGAUGGCGGCCGUGUCCUCGGGAGGUGGUGCAGUGUGGUCGCUAUGCAUCCUGGGCAGCGACCUCUGCGCCGCUUGCGACGACGGCUCGCUGCGCCUCUUCUCGUUGGCCGGAGGGCCGGGGAGCGUGGACUACUCGCACAAGGUCUCCGUGGGCAAGGCGAGGGUCAUGAGCGUGUGUUCCACCGACACGAGCAGCAUCUUCGCGGGCGGCUCGGACUCCCGCAUCACGAAGUGGUCCGGCGCCACGCGGACCUGCGAGGCCAGCAUGACGGUCGAGCAGGCCAAGGACAAGCAGACCCUCAUUUGGGCUCUGACUGCGGCGGGCUCCGACAUGGUGGCCAGCGGGGACAGCCUCGGGCUGGUGCACAUCUGGGACGCGGUGGCCUGCGUGUGCCUCCACCGUUUCCGGCAGCACCAGGCCGACGUGCUCUGCCUCGCGGCCAGCCCAGAUUCGGGCGUGCUCUUGGCCGGUGGCGUCGACGCCAAAGUCUCGACGUUCGCCUAUGUGCCAGGCGCGGAGGAGAGGUGGGUCUUCCGGAAUUCGGCGUUCGUCCACACCCACGACGUCCGCGCCCUUGCGGUGGACAAGCACGACGGCCACUUCGUGUCUGGGGGCGUCUCUGGCAAGUUGCUGGUCCAUGGCCUGCGGCUUGCUGCCUCGAGGAAGGCCGUCGCGCAGCCGCCCGGCAGCGCUCGCAGGUGGGGCCGGCCAGUGGAGUGCAGCGGCUUCUCCCCGGUCUUCCAGGUCGCCUCCGUGGCCCAGGACAGCCGGCUGCUGCUGUGCCAGAGGGACGCGCAUCUGGAGGUGUGGUACCUGGGCAAGCCGGAGCUGGCCAAGGCGCGCCCAGAGGCCCAGGCCCCCCCGUCUGGCAGCGACGGCAGGGAGGGGGUCCUCAUGGUGGCCUCCGAGUCAAUGGCUCCGGACGCCCAGCUGCUGGUGAGCAUGUCCUUGAAGGGUCCGCAAGAGGCCCUCCAUCUCAGUGCGUCCGCGAUCUCGCCGGACGGUUCCUUGGUCGCCGCCAGCGACAUGAACGGCACGCGCCUGUUCCACCUGGACCUCGCGGAGCUGCAGGUGAGGGCGGAGGGCAAGCUGCCGAAGGAGAUCCGCCAGACGCCCGCGCGCGCCCUCCUCUUCUGCGGCCCCGACUCGGCGCCGCUGCUCGCCAUGGCAGCCUGGAGCGGCGGCAAGGUUUUGCUGCUCGACGCGAAGCGGAUGGAGGUGGUGGCCACCAUCGCCGAGCACGACGCGCCCGUUUCCCACUUGGCCGCGACCAAGGAGUGGCUGGCCUCCGCGGACACGUCUGGCGCCGCGCACGUGUUCAGCCUCGACAGCAUGCUGCCCCACACCAGGGUGCCCGCCGGCAGCGCCGAGGGGCGCACCACGGCCCUGGCUUUCGACGCCCGCGGCAGGAACCUGGUGCUGGCGCUCUCCACGCACCGCAUCGUUGCGUUCGACGUGGAGGAGCAGGCCUUCGCGGCCGGCUUCGCGGUGACCCCGCGGGUGCCCGACCGGAUCUUGGCGCCCCACGCUCGCAUCUGCGGCAUAGCCGCCCCCCGCGGUGCUCCUCACAGGCUGCUGCUGUGGGGCCACAGCUUCGUCCUCUCCCUGGAGGUCAAGCCGUGGAUGCUGGCGGGCGCGGAAGGCCAGAGCUGUGGCGCCGCUGGCACGCGCGUCGUGGAGGGCAGCUGCGCCUGGCGCAGGCUGCCGCCGAUGCGGCACCUUCUGGGCUUCUGCGCCCUCGACGAGGCGACCUGGGGGCCUUCGCUGCUGCGCGGGCAGCCGAUGCUCACCGAGGAGGGUCAGCCGCCGGGCAAGAAGCGCCGCACUGGCGCCGAGGUGCGGCGGAUCGAACGCGUGGGCGUGCAGUCCGAAUUGGGCCACGCCCUUGGCCCGCAGGUUUCGUCCAUGGUGGUCACCCUCGAGGUGGCGCCCGAGGCGGCCCAGGCCGCCCUGCCCGUGGCAUUCGAGCGGAAGCGCUACCACGCCGCAUCGGCGCACGGUGGUGGCCAGCGAGAGGCUACGGGCGCCGGCGAGCAGCAGGACGGCGGCCGCAGGACGUAGGGGCCCCACGCCGCGCGUGUGGAGGCGGCGAGGCUGGAAAGGGCGUGCGCCUCGCCCUCCCUCCUCUUUCU